AUGUCUUCCUGGAUUAGAGGCCUUGGCUCAGGCGUGGGCCAUUCCCUGGGGCAAGUGGGCAGCAGCGUGGCUUCCCUCACUGGCCACCUUUCCAACUUGACAAAGGAAAAGCCGAUGAAGGGCAAGGUGAGAGUGGAAGCAUUCCCUAACUCUUGCAGAAAGGAAGUGGCAGCCGUUUGGCCAAACUCAAGAUCAGACAAGAGACUUCAGAACGUCUAUAAUAAACUACAAAAGAAGUAUGAAGCCUCAGAACUUCAACUAAAGCAGCAAUCUAAGAGUUGCCGACUUCAACUCCAACAGAAGGAGGUAGAGAUCAGACUACUGAAAGCAAGACAGACUGUGCUACAGGAUCAGGUGCUGCAGCUGCAGUCAGCUGCUCCGUCAGUCCACUCUGGAGCUGGAGGGGGACCGGCAGCCACUGCACCACCUUCAUUCCUGUAUGGUACCAGUCAUCAUGCUGCAGCUUUUCAUGACGAUGACAUGGACUGUGGUGACAUCAUUUGGUCACAACAAGAAAUAAACAGAUUAUCCAAUGAAGUUUCAAGACUUGAGUCUCAAGUUGGUCGUUGUAGGCAUAUUGCUCAGACUUCUACAGCACCAGGAACCAAGAGCUACAAUUCAAGUGAAGCCUACAACCUCCAAAACACCAUCAAGGAGCUGGAGCAGAAGCUAAGUCAGGCAAUUGAUAACCAUCAAAGUAAAAUAGCAGUGUUGCAGGAUGUCCAUAAACAGAAAUUGAGAGAAAUAACUUAUCGGCAUCAACAAGAAUUAAGUGACUGUGAAGAACACAUUCAAGAACUUGAACACCUCAUAGAGCAAGGUGCCUCAGGGGUCCCUGAUCACUCUAAAGUGGAAGAGAUGGAAAACACUAUACAGGUUCUCCAAAGUGAAAAAGUCGAGUCUGCCAAAAAAAUUGAAGAACUGGAGUCUAUAGUGAAAGACAUCAAUUAUCUUGUGCAGACAGGAUUUCGCAUGACUGUGAACUACAGAAGAAGGCUGUGGAACAUCAGAUUCAGAAGGAGCUGCCAAGACACCACACCUGUUGCUGCACCUGGUCUACGCAGAGUUUGGCUGGAACCUACUCGGACUGAAGCAAAGCACAGCAACCUGCCUUUCCUCAGAAAUGCUGCUCAGAGCGACUCUAGAAAAGUCAGAAGAAAUGAUUGGAUAGACUUCAGUGCAAAGGACCAGAAAAGAGAAAUGGAUGAGUUUGAACACCAGGGCGAGUACGUGAACAUCCUACACACCAGACCUUUUCAGAGGAAGUGUGAAAGCUUGACAAGGGAGCGUGGUAAACUGCAGGCUUAUGUUAAAAACCGAAGUGAUACUGUGACAGAAACAUACAGAAUUCUACAGCGUACACCAGUGGCAGAAGUAUUCAGACUAAAGCAGGCACUACCUGAUCCUGAAAACGAAAUCAUGAGACUUAGUGGUUUAAAACAGGACAUCAAUGUCACUGAAGACAAACUGAAAAUCAAAAAGCAUGUCCAAGUAUUAGAAAAAGAGAAUUCAUUAUUGACUCAAGAAAAGGAACACCUUCAAAUAUCACUGUUAAAAGUGAACAAUGAAUGGGAAAUCAUUAAAAGUACAGCUACGAGAGACCUGAAUUUGGAUUAA